GCCCAAUCCAUACUAACUAAAUACCACAGCUAAAUACUAAAUUCAUUAAAAAACUGCAAUGGCUGACCAAAACGCCAGCGCUCGGCAAGCAAUCAAACCAUUUCAUAUCAUGACCCCUCUCCAUGAUAAAAAUGUGGCGUUAUCGUGACGAUGACGUUUAAAUUCAUAUAAAUACUCUGCAGUGUGAAGUGUGAACGAACGCGAAUAAAGGAUCUCUCGCUAAAAUGGACAUAAUGGAUGAGUUCUUGGGAAAAAAAUACGCUUUAAAAACGUCAGAAGAUUUCGAAGCGUAUCUGCAAUUUAUUGGUAAAAACUAUUUCCAAAGAAAAUCAUCUCUUUCCCUGAGCCAAGAGAACUGGUUGACCAAGAACGCCACAGGAGCUUAUACAUUUCACUUCAAUUCUCCCUUUGCCAGCGCCACCACAACCUUCAUAUCAGGGGAAGAGGUGGAGGAGACUAGACCUGAUGGUGUUAAGGUGAGAGCGUUAAUUACAAUAGAAGAAAACAAAAUGACCCACAUACAGACAGAGGAAAAUGGAAGAAUUUCAAAACAUGUGCGUGCAUUUUCUGCAAACUCAAUGACAGUGACAACAACAUACACAACUAUAUACGGUGCCGAGAAAACGGCAACGAGACACUACGUUUUAGUGGAAUGAUGAUAUCAUAUAAUUAUGAGACAUAUGUCUGGAAGAAAUCAUUGAUUCGACCAAUGUAUUUUUGGGCAACCUUGUACCUAUACUGAUAUUUAGUGAUAAAUAAAUACUUAUUUGCCUCUACUUUUAA